AAUAAAAUAAAAAUAUACUCGAAAACGAAAACAUGAAAAAUUUCUUAAAAAAUAGUGUUCUAGUAAAAAGUAAUAAAAAACAACAAAAUGAAAAGUUUUUCAACAUUUUAACUUACACAUUAGUGGCAAUUGUUAUUUUUGGUGGUAUUUCUCUGCUGUGGGAUUUGUUCGAAGAGAAGAAAAACUCAGCCAAUGGAUUUUCAAAUAAAAAGGUAUCCCUUGAUAUCUCAAGAAUCUCGGAGUAUGUUUUAGAAGAUGAUGCCGAACUGGCUCGAGGUAGGAAUGGUAAUUGUUCAUUUUGGGAUUGUUUCAAUGUCUAUCGAUGUGGACAGCGGGAACAAGACAGAAUCACAAUCUAUGUGUACCCACUGACAGAGUAUGUAGAUCAGGCUUCGAAACAAGCUUUCACUUUGACCCAGGAAUAUCAUGAGAUUCUCAAGGCAAUAGUAGAAAGUCCUUACUACACUCCGAAUCCAAAUGAAGCUUGUCUCUUUGUGCCCAGUAUUGAUACGCUUAAUCAGAAUCUCUUGGAUACGAAGUUGGUGGGAAAAGCAUUGGCAUCGCUGAAUUACUGGGAAAAUGGAGAGAAUCACAUUCUCUUCAAUAUGCUGCCAGGAAGCUAUCCCGACUUCAAUCGAGUUAUGGACGUUAACACAGAUAAGGCACUUAUCAUGGGUGGUGGCUUCGAUUCGUGGAGCUAUCGGGUGGGCUUUGAUAUUUCCAUCCCUGUUUGGAGUCCCCGCUUAGGAGGUCACAACAGAAAAGUAAACCAGUCAGAGAAAAAGUUCUUGCUGAUUGCAGCUCAAUUGAACAUGUUUCCUCAACAUGUGAGACUUUUGAGAGAUUUGGCAGAAGAAAUUGGCCCAGAUGUGCUUCUUCUUGCCACUUGUCCACAGCAACAGGUCGAGGAAAUGGCGGUUGAACCUCAAAGAAUAAACACCAGUGUUCGGUGUAGUUUGCCCAAAGGCAAACGCCAUGAGUAUCCUCGAGUUCUGGAGAAGGGCAAAUUCUGCCUCAUUGCUCGAAGUGUCCGUCUUGGACAGCCCGAUUUUUUGGAAAUAUUGGCCCACAAUUGCAUUCCAGUCAUUAUGGCAGAUAACUACAUUCUUCCCUUUAAGGAUGUCAUCGAUUGGGAGCUGGCAUUGAUUCGCAUUCGUGAAGCUGACUUGCACUCCAUAGUAGAAAAACUACAAUCAUUUUCGGCGGAGAAGAUCCUCGAGCUGCAGGAGCAAGGGAAAUGGUUGUAUGAAAAGUAUUUCAAGGAUCUACCCACGAUUACUCGAACCACGUUAGAUAUUCUCAAUGAUAGAGUUUUUCCACAUCUGGCAAAGACAUCGCUCCAAUGGAAUACCCCGGAUAACUACAAAGCAAGUCACAAUCCCUUGUUCUUGCCAUUGAUUGCCCCUAAGGCGCAAGGAUUCACGGCAGUUAUUUUGACAUAUGAUCGGGUGGAGAGCUUAUUUACGCUCAUUCAAAAACUCGCAAUAGUUCCGUCGUUGCAGAAAAUUUUAGUUGUUUGGAAUAACCAAAAGAAGUCACCCCCACAUCCUUCAAUGUUUCCAAAAAUACUGAAACCUUUCAAAGUGAUCCAGACUAAGGCGAACAAAUUGUCAAAUCGAUUCUUUCCAUAUGACGACAUCGAAACCGAGGCUAUUCUAACUAUUGAUGAUGAUAUUGUUAUGCUCACCUCAGAUGAACUUGAUUUUGGUUACGAAGUUUGGCGAGAAUUCCCCGAUCGAAUUGUCGGCUUUCCUAGUCGUAUCCAUGUCUGGGAUAAUAUAACACUUCGCUGGCGUUACGAAUCCGAAUGGACCAAUCAAAUCUCGAUGGUUCUUACUGGAGCUGCAUUUCAUCAUAAAUACUGGAGCUACAUGUACACCAAUGCAAUGCCAGGCGAUAUAAAAGAUUGGGUCGAUGAGCACAUGAAUUGUGAAGAUAUAGCAAUGAACUUCCUCGUGGCGAACAUUACAAAUAAGCCACCAAUAAAAGUGACUCCUCGAAAGAAGUUCAAAUGUCCCGAAUGCACCAACACAGAAAUGCUGUCGGCAGAUUUGAAUCAUAUGAUGGAACGUUCGGCGUGUAUUGAUCGUUUUUCAAAAAUCUAUGGCAGUAUGCCGCUGCAAAGUGUUGAAUUUCGUGCUGAUCCUGUUUUGUACAAGGAUAAUUUCCCAGAGAAACUGAAACGUUUCAAUGAUAUUGGUAGUUUGUAAGGGAGGAGAGUGUUCUUGUUAAAAAACACACACCAAAAAAUAUCAUAGUUUAAUUAAAUUAACCAAAUAUUAAGUAAGUAAUUACAUAGUUAAAUUUUAAAUAUAUACACAAAUAACUUAUAGGCAGUGGGAUUAGAAUGAGAUUCGCAUGAAAUUUAGGAGCUAAGAAUUCCCCUUAAAAGAUAAUUAAAAUUAAGUUGAAAGCAAUCAAUUAAAAUUGAAAAAGGAAUUAGGCUAAAACGUAAAUUUUUCUUUUUUGAUAAGAAAACUUUGCUUAUGUUCAUUGCACAUAAAAUGUAUAUGUCCUGUGGUUUCUAGAGGCAGAUCUAAGACGUUAUAAGAAGUUGCUGAUGGAUAACGACUCGUAAAAACUUGUUUAAAUAACUAAUUCAAGUAAUUAAGGGCCUAUUAUGGAUCACAACUCAACUUAGUUGAUGGUGGUCCAAUGCUAUUCAGUUGAACAGCUAUAUUUUCCCAUUCUUCGUCUUGGGUUCUUUUUGUGGAACCGAAUUGUCUUUUGCCUCUGGCCAGCUCAGGUUUCUGCUGCAGAACCUCAAUCAACCUCUUGAAUUAGGCAGGUUUAGUUAUUUUUAAUCUAACAAAAUUAUUUUCUUACAGAUGUUUAUAUUAUUAUUUGUAAAACUUAAAUUUUUUCUCCAUUUUCUUAAAAAAUUGGUUUUCGAUGAACUGUUGAUGCCUACCGUUAUUUUUGAAAGGCUGCAAUUUUUUGAUUACAGGCGCAAUAUGAAUCAUUUAUUAUGUAUUGAUCUGUCGAUGUGGGUUUUCUGUAGACACUGAACUCAACGUUUUUCCCUUUUCUCUAGAUUUCAAGGUCGAGGAAGGGCAAAGUGUGAAGGGUGUCAUCCUCUUUCUCGAAAGUGAAUUUAAUGCUAUGGAAUCUAUUGUUGAUUGUUGCGAGUAUUAUGUCAGCUUCUGAUUUCUUCACUACAGCAAAGGUAUCAUCAACCAGGGUUGCCAUGUUUUCCACUAGUUCCAUAGCCCAAUUUAAAAAUUUCUGUUGCCCAAAAUCCCGAAAAAGUACCCCAAAUAGUAGCCCAAUACCAAUAAAAAACAUAACAUUUCUUAUAACUUCAAUCACAAUUCAUUUUUAUUAAAAAAAAACAUUAUAAUACAUUUUUAUAUAAAAAAAAAAACAACGAAAAAAGAAACAUAAGUCCAUAAAGAAAAGAAGAAUUAACAUAUUAUCACAUUUAACAUAUUAGGGUAACUGCUGCAAAUCAGUCUAGAAAAGCGAUAUCUUAUCAGAGUUAUCGUCAUUGUCACUGUCAUCGUCACGGUCAUUUUUAUCACACUGGUACAUCGAUUGAUUAAAUUUAUCAUUUCAAUCGAGGGUAAAAAAUCUUUUUCAACAAAUUUUUUUAACUGUAGCAUCAAUACGUAAGCGCAUAAUUGCAUCGAGCGAUGCUGUAGUCAAUCGAUUUCUUGGUUUUGUUUUUACACAAUUCAUGAAAGAAAAUGUUCUUUCUACUACAGCGUUGCUCACAGGUAAAGUUAACAAUUGUAUUACGCAAUGCGCCAAAUCCCCGAAAACUAAUUCACCCAAAAUGUUUUUUACAUUCAGAGCCAACUCUGUCCAAAAUUUUUCCAAUUUCGUUGGAAAUUUAGAGGGAAAAAAUGGACUCCAAUCGAAUAAAGGGAGCUUAUUCCAUUGUUCUUCCAAAUUUUGAAUUUGAGAUUUGGGCUGUCAUACUGAAAUUGCUGUCGGCAAUUUUGGAAAAAGAUAGCCCAAUUUCAGAUAAAUAGCCCAAUCUGGCAAGCCUGAUCAACAUAUCUAUGCCAAAUACGUGGUAAUUUGCCUUCUUUUUUUAAAUCAGAAUCAAAUUUACACAUGUAAGCUUCUGCGACAUAUGGCGAGAGGCCAUUUCUCAUACUACAUCCGAAGUCGUUUGAAUAAAAUGAGUCCCGAAAUUGAAAACAAUUGUGUUUUAUGCAAAUGUUGAUGCAAUCAAUGUAAGUUUUUAUUUUUUCUGGUUGUAGAUCAAAUUUAGGUAAAUGCUUUCUGAUUGCUUCGACUGCUUUAUUAAUUGGAAUCGAUGGAAAAAGAAAGUUUUGAUAGACGGUUUUGUCCCAUCGUAUACACUCUCUCCUAGGUUGAGGGCAAGACCACCCCACUCAGCCAUUAAGCGAUUGGGAUACUCCCUCAAGAUGGGUUGGGAAUUGGAAGUGGUUCUUAUCAGGGCCAUUUGAGAUUUUGAUAUUUCACUGACUUCCUGAUUGGAGUGAACAAAUAUAGAUCAAUGAUUUCUGUUAUUUAAUAUUAAUAUAAUUAAAUAAUCAUGUAUGUACAAAGUACUGUAGGCUGUAGGUAAAGGUAAAAAAGCAAAAAAAAAUAUAUAUCAAAGUUGGAAUUUAAAACAAACAUUUUCCGAAGUUUCUUUUGUGGGGGCCUCCCGUUUGUGAAGUCCCCGGGGCUUCCGCCCGGUUGCCCUCCCCUCAACUUGGUCAUGGGCGAGUGUGCUACAUAAAUGUUUGUUAAACUAUUUCCUGCUGAACUGGAUUGAAAAAAGGCAGCGAGUCUGAAAUCUAAUUCAUAAGUUUGUAUAUUUUUUAACUUCCUCAUGUAACUUCAAGUGAGUCAGGCUUUAAGAUAUUUUACAAUGAAAUUCAAAGCGCUUGUGAACAAAUGCAGACUACAACAAAUGUGUUGCGGAGUUGCAUUGAAUAUGUGAGUGUUUCGGUCACUGAAAUGUUUGGAGAAACAAAUUAAGUCCUGUAGUUAUUGAAAAAAUUGAAAAAUCGCCUUACACCAAAAUCGCCUCAUGCUUUCUCGACGAAAUGUUUCGUUACAUUCCUGUUGUAUAACCAAUCCAGCUCUCUUGUUGCUGCCUAAUAUUAGGAUCUCUUCUCUAAUGAAAUUAAAAAAAAAACGAAUCUCGAGUUUUCACAGUCGAACAGCAAAACAGCCUUAACGUUUGAUUCGUAGAGUUUUAGUUUUGUUUCCAGUAGUAUUAUUAAGCUUAAGUUCCACACAACAAAAAUCAUUUCAAAUUCACUUCAAGUUUUGUUAGGCUCCUCCAAUAUUAUAAAUCGUUAAAAAGUUUGAAAUGUCACAUUUUUUUUAGUAAAAUGUUUGAUGAUCUUCCAAAUAUAAUCUCAAUUUUUAAUAUUAACUUUCAAUAUUUUCAGUAUAUUCAUUUUUCGACAAAGUUCUGCACAUGUACAAAAUAAAAAUUAGCGAACAGUUUAAAAAUAAAUUUGUUUUUUAAAGAAGGCUAUUAAAAUAUUAAAACUAUUAAAAAAAAUAUAAAAAUAAUUUACUAAACCAAAUUUGAACUGAUAGUUAAAAUCAAAUUUCAAAUCAACACCCCAAAGGCUACAGUUCGUUGCCUUUUUAUAAAAACUCACUUAGUUCAAUUUUUGUGUGUUUGAGAUUUAAAGUUUGAAAUCAGAUCAGAUUUCGGGACUUAUAGUUCUAUACAAUUUUAAAAAUGAAGAACGUAGAGCUUAGAGAGUUUUGACGGAAUUAUAUUAUUUUCUUUCCCAAAUGAAUUUCUGCAGAAAAAAAAUAAAUCAGAGUAAUAAAGUUCAGCUUUCAGUUGAAUGAAAAAACAUGAUCAACUGUCAUUUUGAUAGAAGUUGACUUCACUUGAUUGUCAGGGAAAUUUUUCUUGACUAACUUUCCAUUAAAGUUGCCUUAAUUGAAAGGUAAUUUUUUUGGCAGCUGGCCAAUCAGAUACUUGAAACUUGCCUUAUGUCGUCUGAACCUGCAAUAGCAGCUGGAAUUGAUGUGUAAGGGCCCAGUUUCUGUAAACAGUAAGUUGAGUUUUUGACAAAUCAUUCUGGUAUAAUGAAGCCAAUCAAAUAAAAUAGGCUGAUUAGCUAAAUUUAAAUUUAUGGUCAAUAACUUUGGAUUUUAUUUAAAUAAAAUUUACUUACAAGUGUCUUUGAUAAUACAAGAGCUGGAAAAUGAAUGGAUUAAAGUUGACGCAAUGUGAACCAACUAUCCCUUAAUCCUUAACAUCCUUCAUGAUUUCAUACGCUUUUGACCUUUUGAUUAUCUCUUAGCUUAGAAAUAAGCUGCUAUGGUGACCGAUCUAAAGAAUGUGUGUCUUUUGGACAAAUUGCAUUUAACCCAACAUGUUGCUGCGUUUUAUACAGACAACUAUUUUCUAAACCAAUAAAAUUUCGAUUGCUUUCUAAUUAUGGGGCGAAAAUCGCCUAAAAUCAAAUAUUUUGGCGAAUUAACAGUUUGUUGGUAUUACCAAUGGCGAACUCCGUAGUACGUCUUUGAAAAUAAAACUGCCAACAUUAAAAACUGAAAGUGAAAUGUCAUUGGGCAGGUUCAGACAACAUUAGGGACUUUAUUUGCAGUCAACUACAUUCUCUGAUCGUGAGUUUUGACCAAUGCAACUAGUUAGUUUUUCAACUGUCAUAUUUCUCUUCCAAUUUGACAAGGAACCCUUUUACACAAAAGAUUAAAUGAAAUUGUGCAAAAACUAAAUAAUUCAUGGAGUAAUAAAGUUCAGCUUUCAGGUGAAUUAAAAAACAUCAUCAAUUGUCAUUGUGACAUAAGUUCACUUCACUUUAUAAUUAGGGAGAUUUUUCUUGACUAACUUUCCAGUCAACUUUCCAAUAAAAUUGCCUUAAUUGGAAGGCAAUUUUUUAGCAGCUUGCCAAUCAGAUAUUAGAAACUUGCCUUACUUUCAAGUCCAUAUGUCGCCUGAACCUGCCCAUUCAUUGUCAUAAAUAUUUGUAAAGUCAGAUUGAAGAAUAUAGUUUUUUUGUGAAAAAAAGUAAAGAAAAAUAAAGAUGAUUAGCAGCGUUGGAUUGUUUUUCGAGGAUGAAAAUGAAGUAGUAACAAAUAAAGAAGAAAAAAAUCAUGAUUUUGGGUGGUAUUGUAAUUUACAUAUCCGUUUUUUUAUUUUCAAAUCCGGAAAAUCUUUAUGUUGAUGCACCUUCUGCACAUUUUCUCUCUCCUUCCGUUUUUCCUUUGCUUUGAGUAACUCAACAUGUUCCUUGUUAAGUUCAUAAUUCUUUCUUGAAUAUCUUGCCAUUUCGGAAAGAGAUUUUUGAAUGGAAACCGACGCAACAAGAAGUUUUUCUUGAGUCUCCUUUUGUUUUUGGAGAAGUUUGACUCGUUUAACCACAAACUUUCCAGCCCAGCCAAACCUAUACAAUUUUAUUUUCUAAAACUGUUUUGUAAUAUUUUUUGUUACGUGCCGUAUGCCACACUUUACCCUUUCGUACAGGAGGUCCCAAAGGGUUAAGCUCGAGGGCAAACGAAUCCCAAUAUUUAUCUUGGUUUAUCUUCACCAACUUUGAGAACUGGGCGGUUCUUUAUUUAAUUUAUUCUUACCUUUUUCGAUUUUCACUCAUUUUUUUUUAUUUCGCAACAUAAAAUCUAGACAACUACUUCAAUUAAAAAAAACUGUGAUUUUUUCAAAGUCUCCAAGAAUUACAGUUCCGAUUACCGAUUAUGACAGAUAAAGGCGAGCAUUGGCCAAUUGUAAUAGAACGACUUUUCAAUUUGCCAAAUUUUUGAAGUUAGCGUAUCGCAAACAAUAAUGCAAAAAAGUCACAUUCGUUAAUUUUUUUAGGCGACUCGCAAGUGAUAAUACGGCCUAUAUGCCGUUUUUAAAUAAUGUUGAAAUACUGAACGUAAUGAAAUCUAUGUAUCUCAUUGAAAAUUGUUUUUUCAACAUCAUUCAAGUUCUUCAUAAUAAUUUUAUAUGCAAUUAUAAUAUCUAAUGAAUAUUUUGUGGAUUUUUUUCUAAUCUUACCAAAACCUUAAAAUGCAAUACAAAUCUAUGACAAAAUAUUUGAAAGAAGUUUGUAAUUAAAGAACGCGAAAAAAUUCGAGCUUCCGUUGCAAAUAAUGAACAGAAGAAAAUGCGAAAAAAAAUAUUUCAGUUAAACUAAAUU